AUGGUCGCCAUUGAGACUAUUGCUUCGCAAAUUAUCAUAAAGGUAGCUGAUCCCCUCAUUAAGGAACUUAUUUCCCUAUAUGAGGUUGACGACAAAGUCGAAUUGCUCGUCACACACUUUAGAGAGAUGAAAUGCUUCUUGAAAGACGCAGACGCCAAAAAAGAAAGAGAUGAAAGAGUGAAGAACUGGGUGCUUGACGUGACAGAUGCUGCAUACGAUGCUGAGGACCUCAUCGACACCUUUAUCUUAAAGGUAGAACCCUUGAAGCGAACAGGAUUUGUGGGCUGCAUUACAAGGUACGCUUGCAUCUUCUGUGAAUUGAAAGGUCGCUAUAAGUUGAGCUCGGAGAUCGAACGGAUAAACAAUAAGAUCCGUGUUAGCUCCGAAAGUAGGUCGACUUUUGGAAUUCAAAAUAUAGGCCAGGGAGCAGGGACAAGCUCCGCUGGUCCAAGCCUCCAAGAAUGGAGGCUCACUUCUCCUCUUGAUCAAGAACCAGAUUUUGUUGGUUUUGAGAAAGAUUUGGAGAUAUUGGUGGACCUACUGACGAAGGGGGAGUCACGCCGUUGUGUUGUUUCUGUAGUUGGAAUGGGUGGUCUCGGUAAGACCACUCUUAUCAAGAAAAUUUAUAACGACACUCGUGUUAAAGCACAUUUUCACUUUUGCGCAUGGAUUUGUCUAUCGCGAGAGUAUGAUGUGAAAGAUAUUCUUAAGACGAUCAUAGAUUGCUGCAUGGUGCUCUCAGAAGAAGAAUCCAAGAAAGUGGAGAAAAUGAACGUCAUUCAGCUGAGGCAUAAAAUUUCAGAAUAUUUGAAAGGGCAGAGAUACCUUAUGGUAGUAGAUGAUAUAUGGACGGAAGAAGCAUGGGAUGCUAUCCAAGAUGCUUUCCCAGUUAUAAAGAAUGGAAGUAGGGUCAUGAUUACCACUCGCAACAAAGAUGUAGCUUUACAUGCAGAUGCACCACACCUGCUGUACAUGAAUUGCGAUUUCUUAAAAAUGAAGAAAGCUGGAAAUUGUUUUGCAAAAAAGCAUUUCCAGAAGAAGGUGCCGGUUGCUCUCAGCCUUUCGAGACGAUGGGUAGAGAGAUGGUGGAAAAAUGCCAUGGUCUACCUCUUGCGAUCAUGGUUAUUGGAGGGCUCUUAG